AUAUGCGAAAGCCAAAUGGCAAAGACGUUUCAAAAACAGCGCGAAACGCCGAGUGUGAAAAUCUUUGACAGAGAAUCUCUCGUCUCCUCCUUCCAUAAUUUAUCAGUUCCUUUCUGUCUUCUGCAACCGAUUGCGGUUUCGGGAGUGAUUCAUUACCACACGCCAUCCCUCUGUCUCUUCCACCGGCCGCCUUCGCUUCCUUCUAUAUCUUCUUCAUUUCUUCAAACAUGGGGAAUCCAUACCCAAAGCUUGAACAACACACAGAAGCUUGAAGGUCGAAGAAACCCCAGCUUGAAAGUUCAAUCGAUUACCCUUUUUUCAUUUUGAUAUUUUUUUGUUUGACCAAAAUGCAUGCGUUGAGGGAGAAAUUCUACGGGAGGUUCUCCAGCCUCUUCUCCUAUUCCACUAGCUCGGAUCCUCCUAAAUCGCUGCCGCCUGAUCCUCAUACUCAGGGCUUUGAAGAAGGGCUGCCACAGACCACAAUGUCUGUGUACUCUUUAGUAUUAAUGUCCUCAUGGGUCCAAGUAUUCAUAGGAAACGAGAUAUAUGACUCAGGAGGAAUUAUGUUUGAGGUUAGGCCGUCGAAAGGAAGAAAAUCACUGUCUUCAUAUUUGUCCUUAAUAAUCCCUUCCAAACAUGGAUCUAAACCCACUGAUUCUCGUCAAGAUACCAAUGCAGUUCAAACUCCCUCAGUUCGAUAUAGUGAUGCAAACAACGAUUUCCAGGAGGAAGGGUCUGAUGCUUUUUUAGAAUGUAGUAUACUAUGCAAGGCUGAAGAAAUACCUCAUAAUCAGGGAGAAACUAAGGUUUGCGGUUCAGCACAUGAGAAGGUAAAACUGAAUGAACUUGGCGUUGAUGAUGACCCGCCAUCUGGAAACAGCAAUUCUAGUUCAGAUGUAUUUGAAGAGGCUAUGGAGCGCCCUACCCCAAGAAACCCCUUACCAGACAUCAUGGAUGAGUCGGCCUUUAUCACUGCAGACUUGUAUGAUUUCCUGGGAUGUUGUCUACCCAACAUUGUGAAAGGGUGCCAAUGGGUCUUACUGUACAGUACGAUGAAGCAUGGUAUAUCUCUUCAAACUCUUAUUCGCAAGAGCCACGAUCUUUCUGGCCCUUGUUUACUGAUUGUUGGAGAUACUCGAGGUGCAAUAUUUGGUGGUCUUCUAGAAUGCCCGUUGAAGCCUACAGCCAAAAGAAAAUAUCAAGGAACACACCAGACAUUUGUUUUUACAACGAAAUAUGGCGACCCAAGGCUCUUUCGAGCAACUGGAGCCAACCGCUAUUAUUAUAUUUGCUUGAACGAUUUACUAGCACUUGGUGGCGGUGGUAGCUUUGCCUUGCGUUUGGAUGGUGACUUAUUAAGUGGAACAAGUGGGCCAUGUGACACAUUUGAUAGCGUAUGCUUGGCGCAUGACCUAGAGUUUGAGCUAAAGAAUGUUGAGUUGUGGGGUUUUGCACAUGCGUCAAGAUACUUAACCUGAAGACUUGUUCUGAUUCUUUUCAGAGUUUGUGCUCAUAUUUAAUAAUUUGUGACUAUAUUCUUCAUAAUCCGUUUUUUUAUUUUAUUUUAUCUAUUUUAUUGAUUAUUAAAUUAAAAGUUAUCUAUCAUUUAAAAGAAGCCUUUACCUUUUUUCUGUGUGUGUGUGUGUAAUACGAUGUAUCAGAUUAACAAUUCUUUCUUGUUGUACUGUUGACCGCGAUUAAUCGCUAAAGUUGUCAGUUUCAAGUGUAGACCACAAUAUCAAGAAUUAGUGAAUUUGACUGGUGAAAUUUCAUGCUUCUUAUUGAGUAUUGAUCGGAACAUCAUACUGACAUUUAGUGUUUCCCCUUAAUGAAAAUCAAAGGACAUCAAUUUCACUCGGUUUUCAUUAACAACACAACAAAUAAUGAAGAAAAAGAAAUUUAGAAGUUUGGGAAUUAACUUUGCUUGAUCAAAUGAUGUAAAUUAGUUUAUAUCAAAGUGUGAUGUAGGUCGAUCUCUUAGAAGACUACUUGUAGGUGUUUGUGAGUCCAUAAUCCUCAGUUUUGAGUGCCAGGGUUCUUUGUUUACUUUAUUACCUAAUAGCUUUGAUGUCAAAAUACGAAAGCAUCUCUUGAUGAUAAAAUGCUGCCCCAAUGAAGAAAGAAAAUACUCUCAACGAGUUUUCUUCCCAAGAGGAAACUCCAUCUUGGAGAAGAAGCUUCCGGUGUAGGAGAGAAUGCCAAAGAUCCUUUCUUUUAGGAUAACUCCUUUUUUUCUCCUUUUAGGAUGAAAAAGACCUAGGAGGGCACCCUCCUGUGAAGUUACAUCCCUCUAAUUUGAGGGUUCCCUCCAUAUGAACGAAUGAGAGAGAACUUUGAGUAUUUUUAUUAAGUGGAGGAAGUAUUUUCUGGAUUUUUAGAAUGAUGGAUUAUUAUUAUUAUUAUUAUUAUUAUUAUUUUACUUCAACAUGGUGAGAUUCGAACCUUUAUCCUUCUAGUCUAUGGUACAUGCCUAAACGGGUCAAGCUAUGCUCAGGUGACGUAAUGUGUGUUAAUUUUAUGCUUUGGUUGUUUUACCUAGAUGCUAAGCAUGGAACUGGUUCUUCCUCAUGAGGUUUUGGUUUCACUUAACACUCAUGGGUCACUAUGUUUCUUGGGUUUUGAUGCCCUGGAUCGUUGACGAAAGAUUCUCAGUAUGCUUGAAAAACACUAUGGUACGAAUUCUACUUGUUAUGAAAGACACUAAGUCUUCCGGUGCAGUUCAUUACUUCCAUCACUUGCCAAUAGCAGAUGGACAGGAAGAUUUGCAGGAGAAUGAACACAGGAUCCAUGAUUUUGAGUAUAAAUCAAUGAAAUAUGCUUCAUCUUUAGUAAAGCCAAAAAGUGUUCAUAAGAUCUUUGGAUUGGAACAAUAUCACUGAACUGCACAACAGCAUAAGGUUCAAAACAUGAGUUAGGCCACUCUCUCUCUCUCUCU